AUGAACCCUGUGGAACUAGAACAAUGGGGGAAAGAAUUAAAAACCUCGGGAUUUACAACAGUAGCCUCUGGAGAAGAAGACCCAGACCCAGACUGUGUCCUAAAGUUAAACCUCACCACAAACCAAAGAUCACCAUUCCAGGUGAAGCCUUAUAUUUGCAGAACAUGUGGGCGAGCCUUUACCCAGAAGUCACAUCUCAUCACGCACCAGAGGGCACACUCAGGGGAGAAGCCUUAUGUCUGCAAGGAGUGUGGACGAGCCUUCACUCAGAAGUCAUCCCUUAACACACACCAGAGGACACACUCAGGAGAGAAACCAUACGUUUGCAAGGAGUGUGGGCGAGCCUUUACCCGGAAGUCACAUCUCUUCUCACACCAGUGGUCACACUCAGGGUACAAGCCUUAUGUUUGCAAGGACUGUGGGCGUGGCUUCGGCUGUAAUUCAACUCUCAUCAAACACCAGAGGACGCACUCAGGAGAGAAGCCUUAUGUUUGCAAGGAGUGUGGACAAGGCUUUAGCUGUAAUUCAACCCUUAUCUCACACCAGAGGACACACUCAGGGGAGAAGCCCUAUGUGUGCAAGGAGUGUGGGCGAGGCUUUACCUGUAAUUCGACUCUCAUCAAGCACCAGAGGACUCACUCAGGAGAGAAGCCCUAUGUGUGCAAGGAGUGUGGAAGAGGCUUUACCUGUAAUUCUACUCUCACCUCACACCAGAGGACACACUUAAGAGAGAAGCCUUAUGUUUGCAAAGAGUGUGGACAAGGCUUGACCCAGAAGUCACAUCUCAUCACACACCAGAGGAUACACUCAGGGGAGAAGCCUUUUGUUUGCAAGGAGUGUGGGCGAGGCUUCAGCUGUAAUUCGACUCUGGUCAAACACCACAGGACACACUCAGGGGAGAAGCCCUAUGUUUGUGUGGAGUGUGCACGAAGCUUUAGCUCUAUUUCAACUCUCAUCUCUCACCAGAGGACACACUCAGGGGAGAAGCCCUAUGUGUGCAAGGAGUGUGGGCGAGGCUUUAGCUGUAAUUCAACUCUCAUCAAACACCAGAGGACUCACUCAGGAGAGAAGCCCUAUGUGUGCAAGGAGUGUGGAAGAGGCUUUAGCUGUAAUUCAACUCUCAUCUCACACCAGAGGACACACUCAGGGGAGAAGCCCUAUGUGUGCAAAGAGUGCAGGCGAGGUUUUAGCUGCAAUUCAACUCUCAUUAAACACCUGAGGAUCCAUUCAGGAGAGAAGCCUUUUGUUUGCAAGGAGUGCGGGCGAGGCUUUAGCUGUAAUUCAUCUCUCAUCUCACACCAGAGGACACACUCAGGGGAGAAGCCUUAUGUUUGCAAAGAGUGUGGGCGAGGCUUUACCCAUAAGUCAACGCUCUUCUCACACCAGUGGACCCACUUAGGAGAGAAGCCUUAUGUUUGCAAGGAGUGCGGGCGAGGCUUUACCCAGAAGUCAAAUCUUAUCACACACCAGAGGAAACACCCUGCAAGCCUGAGCAAAAGCUUCCGGGUCAGCAGCUUCGGCAGCGCGGGGCCGCUCCCGGCGGCACCGGAAGUGCUCGUGGACGUCGGGGGUCAGCAGCCCCUUUGUGACGGGGGUCGGGCCCCUCCCGCGGCCGAGGCCUGGAUGGGCGGGCGCAGCCCUGGCGGCUCCGGGGCCUCGAUUCCCUCUCCCCGCGGGGACCGGGCGCCCAGGGAAGGGGGUGUCCCCCCGCAUCGCGGCCCGAGGUGGAGGGGGGCCGGCGGGGGCGAGGCCUGCGCUGCUGGGAGGGGAGGAGGCGGGGCCUGCGGCGGCUGCUGUGUGUGUGUGAAGGAAAUCGGGGAGACGCCGCCGGGGGUCCUGGGGUCCCGGGCCCCGCGCCACCCUGCCUUCCCCACCUGCGUCUAG